AUGUCUCCUGGUAAUCGUCGUCGAAAAGAUGUCGGCGAUUACUGGCUAGGCAAGACAUUGGGAAGAGGUUCAUCAGGUCGCGUCAAGAUUGGUAUUCAUAAAGUUACGGGUGAAAAGGUAGCAAUAAAGAUUAUAUCUAAAUCUCAUUUGGCUGCCAAUGCCUCAGUUGAAAAGGCUGUAAAGAGAGAGAUUGCAGUCAUGAAAUUAAUCAGCCAUCCUAAUAUUAUGAGCUUAUUGGACGUUAUUGACUUGUCGGAUUCUCCCAACCUAUAUUUGGUAUUGGAAUAUGUUCAGGGCGGAGAAUUAUUUGAAUACUUGGUGUCUCAAGGAAGACUUUCUGAACAAGAAGCAAGAAAAUAUUUUCAACAAAUUAUUAUUGGUCUUGACUACUGUCAUCGUCAUUUGAUUUGUCAUCGAGAUUUAAAACCAGAAAACUUGCUGCUUGAUCGAGAAAAAAAUAUCAAGAUUGCAGAUUUCGGUAUGGCAUCACUACAGCCUACGGGUUCUUUAUUAGAAACUAGCUGCGGUUCCCCACAUUAUGCAAGCCCUGAGAUUGUCAAUGGUAUUCCAUAUGAUGGAUCAGCUUCGGAUAUUUGGUCUUGUGGAAUUAUUCUGUAUGCGCUGCUAAGUGGACAUUUACCGUUCGAUGAUGAUAAUAUUAGACAAUUAUUGAAUAAAGUCAAGGUUGGAAAAUACAAAAUACCAGAACAUUUAUCAGCUGAUGCAAGAGAUUUAAUUACGAAAAUUCUAGUCAUCAAUCCAUCAAAACGAUUAACGAUGAAACAAGUUCAAAAUCAUCCUUGGUUUACAGUAGACCCUCCUCCAAAUUUAACAACUUUGCCAGACCCUCCCACUGCCACAGAAAUUGGAAGACCUGUGGCAAAUGCUUCGGAAAUUGAUGAUCGAAUCCUGGAAACUUUGAAAGUCUUGUGGACUGAUUUAUCUGCCGAAAAAGUUGUUGGUGCCUUAUUAAAUUCUGAGUAG